CCGCCCACGCCGGGUGGCCGACGUGGAAGUUGCUGGCUGACUGGGCUUCCAAGGAAACCGCCUCCGAGCCGGAGCCGGAGGCGAAGACGAGCGGCGGUGGCGGCACCCAGGCUCGAGUAGGAGACGCUGCCGAGGCCGGGGCCUGUUUCUGACCAUCAGCGGGGUCGGACAGGCGGUUCAUCAUGGGUGGCUUUUUCUCAAGUAUAUUUUCUAGUCUGUUUGGAACCCGGGAAAUGAGGAUUUUAAUUUUAGGAUUAGAUGGAGCAGGAAAAACUACAAUUUUGUACAGAUUACAGGUUGGAGAGGUCGUUACUACUAUUCCUACCAUUGGAUUUAAUGUUGAAACAGUAACAUACAAGAACCUUAAAUUCCAAGUCUGGGAUUUAGGAGGACAGACCAGUAUCAGGCCAUACUGGAGAUGUUAUUAUUCAAACACAGAUGCAGUCAUUUAUGUAGUAGACAGUUGUGACCGAGACCGAAUUGGCAUUUCCAAAUCAGAGUUAGUUGCCAUGUUGGAGGAAGAAGAGCUGAGAAAAGCCAUUUUGGUGGUGUUUGCAAAUAAGCAGGACAUGGAACAGGCCAUGACUCCCUCGGAGAUGGCAAAUUCCCUUGGGUUACCUGCCUUGAAGGACCGAAAAUGGCAAAUAUUCAAAACUUCAGCAACUAAAGGCACUGGCCUUGAUGAGGCAAUGGAAUGGUUAGUUGAAGCAUUGAAGAGCAGACAGUAAUGUAAUCACUUCUGCUCUGCAGAAAUGAAGACCACAUCACAUAUCCCUUGGAAACAGUUAAGUGUGCUUCGCACUACUAAAUGUUAGAACCGUGUAUGAUUGACACGUGCAGAACUGACUGACUACAUUUGUAAUAAAUAUAAAAAAUAAGUAUUUGGUUGGAAGGGUAACUCAUCGUGAUUGAACCAACUGACCGGUCUGUGUAAUGUAAAAUAUUCCUUCCUUGCUUUUUUGUAUUAAGAUAUAUAUUCUAUUUGUGUGGAAUUCUUAUUCAAAUAUAGUCCUAUUAAAGAAUGCACUCUUAUUGAGGGAAAAUCCUAUUUUUGAAUGAGUGGUUGCAGAUUGUUUGUAUAAACACUAAUAAAUAUCUUAGCUCAGAGUUUUUUCCCUCUAAAAUGAAUUACGUUUUUCCAAAAAUUAGACUCAAUAGAAUAGUCUAGGAACAUAGUGUGUGUAAUAUAGUUUUCAUUUGUUUAGUGACCACUUUAUUUAAGCUGUUUUAUUUCAAAGCUUUUGGUUAUAGGCAUGAAGUUGAAAUAAUUAUUUUGGUGGUUAACCUCACUGAUGUAUCUGUAACUGUCAUUUUAUAGAACUUUAUAAUUAUUGGGAAAAUUUUAUGUAUGUUGACCUAGUCCAUUUGUAAAAGAACCCUGUGAUGUAGGUAGGACAGACUGUAAUGUAAUGUCUUUGUUUUAUGGACAUGUGGAACCUUGGGCUGAUAGGCUGGCUUGCCCAACUGCUAGUUACCUGGGAACAGGACUCAGAAUGAGACUUCAGAGUCAGAAACUUGUCCCAAGAACUAAUCAUAAGUUCCUGAAAUGCCAACUGUGCAACACGGAUGACAUGACUCCUUAAAUAAAACCAUGCUAACUGAAAUAGACUCCACUUCAAAAUAAUGCCUCCAAGUUUAUCUGUCCACACUAGUAGAGGCAGUAAAAACAAUCCUAUAUGGUUAUAUUUGAUGAAUUCACAACACAUCCAAGAAAAACAUUCAUAUUGAAGAAACAAAGAUCUAUAUUUUAAGAAGCAUUGUAAAAGAUGUCUUUACUGUCUUUCAUUCCUUUUAUUUAUGUGUAAUUGGACGUAAACAUUUGAUUGGUGUCAAAAUCUUAUUGGUUCUACAGGGAAAAAUUAAGCAUUCUUGGUUUUAAAAAUUAGGUUUACUGCUUAGGCUAUGAAAAACAGCUAUGUUCAGAGAACUUUUUAAACUACCCAGUCUACCACAGAAUUGGCUGCAGUGUGACAGAAGUAUAAAUGAAUAGUCCUCAGUAAUUACUAAAAUUGGGGAGAAAUUUUUUCAGGUUGGACAAGCAGCAUUUAUUUUUAUUUUUUAAAUAUUUUUUCUUUAUUGAUUUUAGAGAGAGAGGGAGAGGGAAAGAUAGAAA